AUGUCCCUCCUGUCGAAUGCCAUCGACGACAUGAAGAGAUCUAUGAAGAAUAGCGCCACAGCUCAACGAGUGGUCGGAUUUCAAUACAGAAAUAUGAAACGAUCGAUACUUCACUACAAAACUGUCUUGAAGGAGAAGGAAGAGCGUAUUGGCGUGAUCGAGCGGGAGCAAGAGGCCCUUUUGUCCGAAAACUACGAACUGCAUGAACGCCUCGCCAAAGCUCAAUCAGAAAUCCAUACUCUUCAACGUUCCCAAUCUCAGCAUCCAUCUCAAGUCACACCUCAAUCCAACCCUCAGCACUAUCCUGUGUCAGAUCAAUCACAGAUACAGCCAGAGAUGCACCGGUAUUCGCCUCAGGGAGCUUUCCACGGACCUCACUCAAUGGCGCCGUUGCCUACAGUGCAAGAGGAGGACUUUGGUGUUUCGUGGAAUGCGGGCGAAGAUGGAUAUCAUAAGAAGCGUAGGGUGGAUUCUCUGGAUCAGCAGCCUCGAAGAUUCGUUCCGCCCACUCCGACCUCUGGCUCUUCCGAUAUUCAUCUCAACAGUCACUUCGUUCCGCACCUACAACCGCACCAUACGGCCUCGGCCAGGCCGCCUUCGCGAGCUUUCGUCCCUCCAGCUCCGAUGCGUCCUACACCAAUGCUUACUGCCGCCAACAGACCGCAGAGCACCAUGGACAUGCGACCGACACAAGGGAAUCUGGGUGGGGAUACUAGGCAGAAGCUCGAUGCGUACAGAUACGAUCCCACGAACCCUUCGCCUCCUCGCAGAAUGAAUUCACCCGAGAGACCAUCGACAGCAUUGCCAAGCUUGAGCUCAGCCAGCUCCAGACUGGACAUGAGACAGCCGACGAGUUUCGUGGAAAGGUUGAAGCAGAGCAACUCUUCUUUCCUCCAGCGUCCAGCAUCGACUCGGCCUACUCCUCUUUCGCGCCAAAAUCUCAACCUCGACGGGAUGGACGCUGGAGAUAAGCCCAGUAUUGCCAGGAUGAGGUCGGAGGUGCCGCAGGCGAGACCGAUGAGUGCCAUGAUGGGGAGGCAGGCGGGGCAGACGAGAAGGUUGGGGAAUCGAUUCUGA